CCCGCGCUGGGGAGGGGCGAAGAAGCGCCUGCCCCCUCGGCGGGCCGACCCCGAGGAAGGGGAGAACAGGCGCGGAGCUGGGCAAGCGUAAGACCGUGGGCGCCGCUCUCUGGCCGCACACUCUCCGCGCCACGCGCUUUGCGGAGGGUGCGUGACCGAGGACCUCGCCACCCGGCAGUGCUGCGCGCCCUGCUUGCCCUGGGGCGCGUUAAGCAUCUGGCUGGAGCGUCUCAGUUGAGGCCAUUAGUCGCCUUCCCGUUUCCCCGGAGCCCGGAGGCUGAGCAAUAAGCUGAGCCCCACGGACGCGGCACUCCUAUAAAUAGCGCGGCGAGCCCUCUUGGCGCUGUGCGGGCUGCGCCGAGAGAAAGUUGUGCGCAGGGGCUUGGGGCGUGCGGCGAGUCAGGAGGGGACCCCGGCCACCGAGCCAUCCUACGCUCUGCGUCCGCCACCCUGGAACUGAUCCCACGAAUUUGUAGUUUCGGUGCGGGGCAAGCUGGAUGGUCGCUGUCCACCUACCUGCCCGCGUGCUUGUAACACCAGGCUUUGGGGAAUUUUUGGCCACGCGGAAGCGGGAGUCGCUGGCGUACUGGCGGUGAACACAGCCUCGCGUUCUUCACCGUCCUGCGACCACCUUCUGCCUCUGACCCAGCCCCGCUGCAAGGCAGACGCGCACAGGACCGGCACCCGCACCACUGGCAACUGCCACGCUUGCGGCUUUUCUUCGCGUCCACUCGGUGUCUCCUACUCCGUGGUUCACCUGGCGCAGUUUCCUUCUGGGGGGCGAGGAUGUUUUGUGUUUUCUAAGGGGUGAAGGUGAGGACUUGGUGACUUUUAGGUGUCUAGAAGCCGGGACGGGGACAGAGGCUCCAGGCGGCGCUGCUUCUUGGGCGGAGGAGGGUAGGGUAGGGGGUUCUGCAUGAGCUCUUUAAAGGACAAAGAUAGCGGAGCCGGCGAGAGAGCUCGAGCGGAGACUUCCAGUUCAGAUCGCGGCAUCCGUUCAAGUGUGCGCGCCGCCGCCGUUUCUGCAGCGCUGUCGAUCUAGCCGCCGGCGUCUUCCGAGCUGGGAUCCGGGGGAAGGAGGCGGCGCGGGCGAGCAGAAGCGCCAGCCGGCUGCGGCUGCCGGGCGGCCACCAUGGGCUCUGCACGCCGGGCGCUGUCCGUGGUGCCGACCGCGCUGCCGGCCGUGCUGCUGGUGCUCUUGCUACCGGGGCUGCCCGUCUGGGCACAGAACGACACGGAGCCCAUCGUGCUGGAGGGCAAGUGCCUGGUGGUGUGCGACUCAAAUCCGGCCACGGACAGCAAGGGCUCUUCAUCGUCCCCUCUGGGAAUAUCAGUCCGGGCCGCCAACUCCAAGGUCGCCUUCUCCGCGGUGCGCAGUACCAACCAUGAACCGUCGGAGAUGAGCAACAAGACACGCAUCAUCUACUUCGAUCAGAUCCUAGUUAAUGUGGGUAAUUUUUUCACACUGGAGUCUGUCUUUGUAGCGCCCAGAAAAGGAAUCUACAGCUUCAGCUUCCACGUGAUUAAAGUCUACCAGAGCCAGACAAUCCAGGUUAACCUAAUGUUAAAUGGAAAACCAGUAAUAUCUGCCUUUGCUGGGGACAAGGACGUUACUCGUGAAGCUGCCACCAAUGGGGUUCUACUGUACUUAGACAAGGAGGAUAAGGUUUACCUGAAACUGGAGAAAGGUAACUUGGUUGGAGGCUGGCAGUAUUCCACAUUCUCUGGCUUCCUGGUAUUCCCCCUCUAGAAUUCCGUGUCUCCAUGGUGUUUAUCCUGGGCAGGGGUAGUCCCGCUCGGAGUUACUGGAAGAUUGUCCCUUCAUCAUUGGAUUGAUGUCUUUCUUGGCAUCUCGUGGUUGAAUGUGGAUUCUCUAUAAGGAUUCUAGACCUGCCCGAACCAGUACAAAGGUCUACAGAUGUGUGUGUGGUAUGUGCGUGCGUGUGUAUUUCAGUAUACUUGGAUCGGGACUCAAAGCUGAUAAAACCUAUCUGUGAUUACAUCUAACAGUCAAGAGCUGCCUGCCAGGUUUACUUGGAAUUUGAUUUCCUGGAAACAAUGAAUUUGUUGUUGUUGUGGAUUUUCAUUUGUUUAAUUACUUUGAAAAGACCGGCAAGUAAACAUUCAAAAAUUUUCAAGUUUCAGCUUCAAUCAGUGAUUAGUGUGAUACUGCCAAAGAACUGUGCGCUGUGUUGACGUACUGACUCCCCCAUUUUAAUUCCUUUGAGAUAGUUUGUUUUGUUCUCCUAAGGU